AUGGUAGCAGAGACGAAACUCUACGAUGCUCUCUCCAUCUCCCCUUCGGCGUCCCAGGAUGAGAUCAAGAAAGCAUAUCGGAAAGCUGCCCUGAAAUGGCAUCCCGAUAAAAACAAAGACAACCCCAAUGCUGCUGAGAAGUUCAAAGAGGUCUCUCAAGCAUAUGAGAUUCUUUCGGAUCCAGAAAAGAGAAAGGUGUACGACCAAUAUGGCUUGGAGUUCCUUCUGAGAGGGGGUCAAGCCCCUCCUCCAGGAGCAGAGAUGCCCGAUGGCAUGCCGGGCGGCGGUUUCGGUGGUAUGCCAGGUGGGUUCAGCUUUGGGGGCAUGCCUGGCGGCGGCGGUGGUACACGGACAUUCCACUUCUCAACCGGCGGUGGUCCUGGAGGCUUCAGCUUUUCGGAUCCUAACGACAUAUUUGCCCAGUUUGCCAGAAGUGGUGCUGGCGGCGCUGGCGGUGCGGGCGGUGCCGGUGGUGGUGAAGACGCCGAAGACAUUUUCAACCUGUUUAGUGGUCUAGGUGGUGGUGCGAGAGGGGCCGGAAGUAGACGAGGCACGGGCAAUUUUGCACGACAUGCCAGACCACAGACUCCUGAAGUCUCCGUCAUUGAACGGCCCUUGCCCGUUACCUUGGAGGAGCUAUACAAGGGAGCCCACAAGAAGAUGAAGAUCAAGAGAAAGACAUUCAACCCCCAAGGACAGCGAGUGACCGAGGAUAAAAUCCUGGAGAUGGAUAUUAAGCCAGGUCUGAAGGCCGGCUCAAAGAUCAAAUUCUCCGGGGUUGGGGACCAGGAAGAGGGUGGCACACAAGACAUGCAUUUCAUCGUCACUGAAAAGCCCCACACCAGCCUCAUCCGCGACGGCGACAACCUAAUAACGACAAUCGAAUUAGACUUGAAGGAGGCACUCACAGGUUGGAAACGGACAGUCACCACGAUUGAUGGCAAACAACUGAAUGUUUCGGGAUCGGGUCCCACCCAACCUGGUCACGAAGAGAGAUUUCCUAAUCUGGGCAUGCCCAUCAGCAAGAAACCUGGCGAGAGAGGUGACUUCAUUGUCAGGGUGAAGGUCAACUUCCCCAGGUCAUUAACUGCUGCCCAGAAAGCCAAAAUCAAGGAGGCCCUCCCAUAA